CAGCAGCCGCUCGCAGGGACGGGGGUUGGAGGGGUCAUUGUGGGUACCCCCCCAAGCUGGGACUCGGGUAAACUGAGGCAGGGGCUCAGUGGAGCCCCCGCUGCGGGGAAGGGGCGGGCGGAUGGGAUCGGCGCCGUCGCACCGCGUUUGUGCCGCUUGAAGGCGGUGCCGCCGCUCCGGGCUCGGUCGGGCACCGGGAAGAGGAACUGGGCUUUGCACUGCCGGGUCGGGGUGAACGCACCGCCGAACACCGGGGUCCCGCUGCCGCUUUGCUGCGCUGCAAAAGGGAGGGAUGGGGCGGGGAGGAGGCGAGCGCCGGUCUUUGCAUCCCCCCCUUGCAGCCCCUCUGCUCCCUGUUGCAUCCCCCUUGCACCCUCCCGCUCCUCCCUUCUGCUGCAAGGGGCCGUGCUUGAAAUAAAGCCCCCCCCACCCACCUCCCCUUGCCCGCAGACCCCCCCUAAUCCCCUGCUUAAGCCCCCUUUCCAUCAUGAUCUUGCUGAGCAGCUUCUUGCACCUCCGGCCUCGGCACUGCGGCCCCUUCGCAGGGCUGGGCAGGGGUCCCGGCCCCUUAGCGGGGUCCCGCAGGGCGCUGCGGGUGCUGGUGGACAUGGAUGGGGUGCUGGCUGACUUCGAAGGAGGCUUCCUCAAGAAGUUCAGAGCCAGGUAUCCCGACAAGCCCUACAUUGCCCUGGAGGACCGGAGGGGCUUCUGGGUGUCGGAGCAAUACGGGCGCCUGGGACCUGAGCUGAGUGAGAAAGCCAUCAGCAUCUGGGAAUCCAAGAACUUCUUCAUCGAGCUGGACCCACUCCCCGGGGCUGUGGAAGCUGUGAAGCAAAUGGCAAACUUGGCCGACACUGAUGUGUUCAUCUGCACGAGCCCCAUCAAGAAGUAUCGCUACUGCCCGUAUGAGAAGUACGCCUGGGUGGAGAAGCACUUCGGCCCCGAGUUUCUGGAGCAGAUCGUUUUGACACGAGACAAGACAGUGGUUUCUGCUGACCUGCUGAUAGACGACAGACCUGAUAUAACAGGGGCCGAGCUGAACCCGAGCUGGGAGCACGUACUCUUCACAGCCUGCCACAACAAGCACCUGCAGCUGAAGCCCCCCAGCCGCAGGCUGCAGUCCUGGACCGAUGACUGGAAAGCCAUUCUGGAUAGCAAACGCCUGCCGCCCGGCCAGGCCACCUAAACACCAGCAUCCCGCAGCCACUCCUGCUACAGGGUGAAACCAUGGACACACAGACACUGUCCCUGCUGCGGAGAGGAAGAGGAGGGCGAGCUGAAGCACCAUGGCCACCCGGACCCGCAUAGCAGCCCCCAAGCCCAGCUGCGGUGCAGCAGCAGGAUUGCACCUUGGACCCAAUGGGAGCGUAUCCCACUGGUUCUUGGGGUCCAUGUGCUGCAUCUGCACCCUCUGCGAGGCCAUCCUGGUGUUUCUGAUGGACAAGGUCACCCUCAGCGUGUCUGUGUGGCACAGACCAGCUCUCCAUCCUCCUCUCUGCGUUACAGUCAGGGAUCACACGGGUGGUUUGUUCUGUCCUCAGAGGGCUUCAUACUUGGAUUUUGGGAUGCAGGUGGCUGGAAGGGCAGGGGGAGCAGGCAGAUGCUGCCCAGGCUCCCUGCACCAGCUCAGUUGAAGCAACAGGACGGCUUUGUGCUUCCCUGCAGGAAGAGACCCUGCAGUGUGAUAUGGGGACAACACCACUCCUCCGUGGAUCUGGCCAUGGAAAGAGAAUCCGGAGGCAUCUUCCAGUUGAUGGGAGGGAUCCCUGCUUGCCCUCAUCCCUGAGGAGUGCCACAGCUUUAGAGCUGAUUUGGGAUGAAGAGAAGGACUCUUCUCCCAGCUGCUCAUUGCUCGUGGGCUGCUCAUCCAGGGAAUCUCUGGGACAGCGAGCAGGCAGCAGCAGUGCCAGCACCAGCCCUUCCUGGGAGCUGGGCAGCUCAUGGCUCACCCUAACAGGCAUUGAUCCAAUGGUAGCUCCAUGGAUUUCAAGGCCAGGAAGGUCUGCACACGCCGGCUGCAUGCUCACAUCACCCCAUCUUCCUCCUCCUGCCAGUGUUUUGACACCGGGAAAGCUCUGGAUGUGCAUGCACCAAGCGCACUGCUUCCAUGCAGAAAGUCCUGGGUGCUGCGCCCCGGCAUGGUCAGCAAGUGGGAUGUUAAUGCCACUGAGCAUCCUAAAGCCUUCAGUGCAGGGCCACUGGGAAGAUGCUGCUGGAUGAAACAGGGCUGGUGGAGAAGCUACAGCAUCACGGGGAAGUGGGUAAAGCAGAGGCACCACAAGUGUCCAAAGGGCAGGUUGAGGGUUGCAUUGGUGGAGGACUGUCAUGGCCACAUCCAUGGAUGCUGUUACCAGUCUUUACCUACCAUAAGGGUAGAAGUUGGGGGACACUGCUGCUAAAGGCUGGGGAGCCCAUUAGAGAUGCCUAUGAGGCUGCAGCAUGUGCAGUGUGUGUGCCAGGCACACAGCCAGGGGAGCUGCAGCUGGGUACCACAAAGGGACCGUUUGGAUGAAGGAGCAGCUCCAAGAAGGAUGCUUUUUGCAUGGCAGUGCCCACAGCUUCUUCCUCCCCUGCCUGGCUCUUUCCUGCCUCCCUGACUCUGCACCAAUCCAGCUUCAAACUGCAGUGACUGAGCUGGGACCAGCACCACCAGAAAGCAGCCGCCUGGUCCCAGAAGAGACAUCCCAGUUACUGAGGAGAGCCAAGUGUUCCAUGGCACUGCUAUAGGGCAGGGAACAGCCUGGCUUUCCCAAGUGGGAACCGGUGCCUCAUGCAUUGCCCCGGGGACGCACUGGCUGCAUCAUGGCUCAUGUACAUCACUGCAGAGCCCAGGAUCCCAUGGCCAUGUGGGAUCCCACCGUGUGCUCCUGCUCUCCUUGGUCCAAGGACUUGCUGGCUGCAGGAGUGGAAUGCCCCACUGGGACACAGCCCCAUGGGCAGGGGUGGUAGCCAGGGCUUGGCUGGGGUUUGCCACCCCGUGCUGCUUGCUCAUCCCUUCAGCUUGCCUCUCCUCUCUCCUAUAGCCCCCAUCAGCUCAAACCUAUGUAAGCUUAAAGCUACAUAGCCAACAAAUAACUGCUUCAGCAGCAGCAGCCAACCCAUCACAUCCUGAGGGGCUACUGGAGUUGGGGCUGUUGAACCUGUGCCUUCCCUGGCUGCUGCAGGGCCAGGGAUGCAGCCUGCAUCAUCCUGGGACUUUCUGCUGCCCCAUAUCUUGGGAUGGGGCAGGAGGGUGAAGACAGCACGGUUGGCCCACGGUGGUGGGUUAUGUCCCAUAAGGAUGUUCUUUCUUUCCUGUUUAAACCACUGCGUGCUUCUCCCGGUGAUGGGUCUGGUUCAGGGGGUGUUUGCAAUGUGAUGCCCCAAAGCAACCAUUUUCCCCCAUGGCUGGGGCAGACCCAAGGGAUGUGGGUCUCUAGGGCCAGCCAUUGUCUUCCCCUUGGUAGCACAUGUGAUGCUGGAGAGACCACACGCAUUCACACUAAAUACACUCAGAAGCAGGGCUGGGGUUUCUCAUCCCUGAUGCUCCGACUGGAUGCACAGAAAUCCCAAGCAGGAAGCUGGUCUGUUCACUGCUGCCAAGUUCAGGACCAGGAGGUGGCUUCCCAUUGCCCAACGGAUCAGCCCUUUCACCAUCCAAGCCCUUCUGUGGCCAGCCAAGAUGCACAGAGCUUUUGGUUUUAAAGGCACAUCUAUAAAGCUGAGGAGGAUGAGGAGCACUGCAAUAAACACUGGGGGUCAUCAGCAUCCAGCUCCCUAGAAAUGCAGUUUGGGGUUUGCAGUUUCUCUGCCUUCUGCAUGGGGAUGGGGGUCCAAAAAGCCUGGAGCCAGCCCUGCUGUGCUGUUACGCCGUUAGACAGAGUCCCUGUUGGCAGAACCAAGCCCAAGGGGUGGGUUUAGGUAGCGCUCAGCUUCCUAAAGAUGUUUUAUAACAAAUAAAGCUGUAAAGUGUG